UGUCGCAAUCGUAUUAGCGGCUAGUGAUAGGGUGCUUAAGUGUGGGGACUGUGCUGGAGGUUGUGGAAUACACCGUUAUACUAAUAUAGCCCUAAACGAGAUCAAUGACAUUUUAAGUUUGACCUUUGAAUUCUUUCAGUUUGACGUUUUAUUUGUGCUAGAAUGUUAAAAGGCGUAGGGAAGAAAUGCUGUUUAUCCGUGCUGGGCACCACCUUCACCUGCCUGCUCGUGCUUCUCGUGGCUGAUCAGCAGCUCUGGCGGGAGAAGGGCACGGAGAGCAACCUCGGCACCAGAAGGGAAAUGGGGAUGCGCUCGCUACAGAGCCUGGAGACAUUGGAACCUAUGGAGAGCCCGUCCGAGCCGCGGAAGUCGGAGCAGGGCAAAGGCUUUUCGGCGUACUUCACUAGACUAACCAGGGUCCGCAGGGACGUCGGAAAGGACGAGAGUAAACCCGCAACAGAGACCGAGAAACCCCCGAUUGAAGAAAUAACUGCGAACGAUGUUUUCAUCGCUGUGAAAACCACAAAGAAGUUUCACCAGUCCCGUCUAGAGCUGCUUCUGGACACCUGGAUAUCGAGAAACCUACAGCAGACUUACAUCUUUACCGAUGGAGAGGAUGAAGUGUUGAAAAGGAGAAUAGGAAGCCAUGCAAUUAACACAAACUGUUCAGCUGCUCACAGCCGGCAAGCCCUGUCUUGCAAGAUGGCAGUGGAAUAUGACAAGUUCAUCGAAUCUGGGAAAAAAUGGUUCUGCCAUGUAGAUGACGACAACUACGUCAAUGUUCGCACUUUGGUAAAGCUGUUGUCCAACUACCCACACACUCAGGAUGUUUAUAUCGGCAAGCCAAGCUUGGACCGUCCCAUUGAGGCCACCGAGAGGCUUGGAGACAACAAAAUGAGGCCAGUUCAUUUCUGGUUUGCUACUGGAGGAGCAGGGUUUUGUAUCAGCCGUGGUCUGGCACUGAAGAUGAGUCCCUGGGCGAGUGGAGGACAUUUCAUGAACACAGCAGAAAAAAUCAGAUUGCCCGAUGACUGUACAAUUGGCUACAUUAUUGAGUCGGUGCUGGGUGUCAAAUUGACUCGUAGUAACCUCUUCCACUCUCACCUGGAGAAUCUACAACAAGUGUCCAAGUCCGAAAUCCAAAAUCAGGUGACUUUGAGUUACGGAAUGUUUGAAAACAAGAGAAAUGCAAUUAACAUGAAGGGUGCUUUUACGGUGGAGGAGGACCCCUCACGGUUCAAGUCAGUGCACUGCUUGCUGUACCCAGACACACCCUGGUGUCCUCCUCAAGUCACCUAUUAACAGUGACAACCUUCUCUCUUGUUAACCUCGUCCCCGAUGAGCUCCGGUAUUUGAAGGGCCUAACGGGACCAGCGUGGUAUUCAGCUGUGCUGCAACUGUGACUUUUUUGCUGCAGGAAUGCACGGCUUGUAGUUUUAUUGAGCUGCUGUGCGGCUUGCUACUUUUCAUACAGACUUUUUGUCUUUCUGGGGGCCGUUUUCGGCUAGCCGCUCCAUGAGCUGCUCACUGAAUCACAGAGCAGCCCCAGGGGCAGCGAAGGAAGGAGACUGCCGUCAUGCGGACUCGCAUGGGUGGUGUUCAUGCAGAUAUCUAUGCUUGAAAAAAUGUGUACAUAAUACCUACGAUAUAUUUGCAAUUCUCAUAGAAUGUACUCCAUUUUGUCUAUGUGAUCUUGUCAGCUGAUUUCAUUUUGCUUUUAUUUUUUCCAGCAUUGGGUGCUUGUUAAACAUUAUGAUAAAAAAAAGGACAAAAUCGAAACGCACUAAAAUAGGUUAGCACCUUUUUGCUAUUUUUUUAAGCUCCUUUUGCUUUUGCAGACUCCGGACAAAUAACUAAAAUGAAGGCCCCGUUCUGCUUUUGUAAGCUGGCAGUAGACAAUUUCCAAAUGUAACCUUUGAUUAUUUCUUAGGCAUUUGGAGAUAUAAAGCUCUCUUUUCCUCUGUUAUUAGGGAUUGGUAUUGCAAUCAGAGCAGAAUGGAAACAUCGAACCCAAAAAUAAUAUGUUUAUAUAUUUAAUAACAUUUUAUUGGAAUUUUAAUUAAUAUUACAAAAAGAAAAAAUUUAAUAUAUUAGCGAUGCUUAACUAAAUGUUACAUAAUGCUGCGUGCCUUGUAUCUGUAUAUAGAAUCAUCACACUAUUAAAGUAUGUUAGCUUAUUAUUAUCUUGAAAAUUCCAAUUGCAACUAUAUGAAGUACAGUUUCAAAAAUCACAAUUUUUCGUUUACACCCUUACGUUUUUCCUGUAAGGUGAUGCUUUGUGUGUAGGAGCGGCAUGUUCUAUAUUGCUAAUAUACCAACAGGUCCAUAAAGCGAUGUGAAUGAAGCUGCUCAUCAGUGGCAGGCAUCACCUUGGAUCAGCAGGCCCUCCAAGAUGAAGCCCUUAAACCCAAAGUGACGCCCGCUGUACUCCAUAUAGUUGCAUUACUUUGCUGCCUCAGCCCACUGCUGACGUUCUCUCUAACUGAAUAUCCCCGUCUCGUGCCUUGGUGAAGCAGCGCACAAAAAAAUAGCCUGUUGCCUUAAACAAUGAAAGUAGCUUUAUUGUUAAUAUUAGCUGUUAAGAGAUGCCAUUAGUGUUUAGUACUAUUCCAAUCCAAAGGACAGCUCGAAAAAAGUGGCUUAAAAACAGAGGGUUGGCCCGCAACUCCCUGUGACACAUGACCCAUAGUGGGUAGUUUUUGUAAAUGUCUUUUUAUACAGUAUUUCUAUACUGUGUCUUGUGUUAUUACUGUAUUUGUAAGUACAGUUUCUUAUCUGUGUAUGCCAAUUGUUUGUUUUGUUUCAUUUUCUGUGGAUCAGAGAUGUUUCUGAUUUUUUUUUUUAUAAUAAUGUUACAAAUUCUGUUUUUGCUUUUUAUUGUAAUUUAUAUUCCAGUAUCUGGGAUUAAACUGUUGCUAUUGUGAUCAAAUGUAAUUGUCAUCAUGUAAGAAAAUUAAAAAAAAAAAAAAGCUUCUCAGGGACAACCUGAUUUUGUUACCAUGGAAACUCCAGUGGUACGCAUCCUAUUUUGCUUUUAAUAAAGCAGCUACUUUGCUGACAGACCUCAAA